AUGGCUUUGCAGGUAAAACAGGUUAGUGAAAAAAUAAUUCGAGAAUUGACAGGAAGAACAGCUCUAAAAAUUCCCUACGUUGCCUUGAACUACAAAAUCUUCGAAAAAGUGCUCUCUGAAGACACGCUGAAGGUCCUAACCAUCAUACAGAUGGACGAGGACAUCGAGUCUGAAGUGUGGCAGAUGUGCUCGGUGCUCCGGGACCUCGAACUCAACAAGGAGGCUCCUCACUACUUCCCCCACUGCUCCACGGCGCCCUUCGUCCUCUACCUGGCCCUGGCGGAGUUCUCCAGGUACCAAGAACACGUCCCUGCUGGGGAGCGCCGCGCCCUCCUGCUGGGGACCGUGUGGCCGCACUUCAUGCCCUUCGUCAGCCGCUGGGUCGACGUCACCUGCUACCGGGUGCUGUGCAGGAUCCGGAUUGCCAUCCUGACGGACCGCGUGGCCAAUACCGGGGAGCCUGUGCAGUACACCACAUCGGCCGUGGACACCACCUCCUGCUUCUACCACGUCAAGACCUUCUGGCGCCACCUGGCCUGGCCGGACCCCUGCUCGUCGUACACGAUGCUCGUCAAGAUGAUCGAGAGCAUGUCGGGAGCAGCGGACUACUACGUGUACCUUCUGCAGCAGCGCCUGCACACCCUGGCCACAGACACGCAGGAGGACGAGCGCGCGCAACAGCUGUGCAUCACCGUCAACAACAUGAGCACGUGCGCCCACUCGCUCACGCUGCUCAGGGGGAACUGCAGGAGAAGACGCAAUUUCGCCGAGGACCCAUUCGGUCGCGAUUUGGCCGUCAAGACAAAUGCCGGCUUUUUCCGGAUGGUUGAAUAA